UUCCAACACACACAAAAACACUUGAACACACCAAAACCAAACUUGGGCACUCAUAUUAAUAAAUAUAAACUUUCUUUUUUUGUUUGUUUGUUCUUUCGAUGGAGCUCUUGAGCACGACCACUCUCUUAGCACUAGCUCUUCUGCUUUUCGUAGUUCCUAAGAUAUACAAAUCUUGUUGGAUCCUUGUUUGGCGGCCAUUGAUCCUAUCAAGAAAAUUCAAGAAACAAGGAAUCUCUGGCCCAAAAUACAAGAUCCUGCAUGGAAACCUCCGAGAGAUAAGGAAGUUGAAGCAAGAAGCUAAGCUUACGGUUCUUGAUCCAAACUCCAACGACAUCUUCCCUCGCGUUUUACCUCAUUUUCACCAAUGGAUGUCCCAAUACGGAGAGACGUUUCUUUACUGGCAAGGAACAGAGCCGAGGAUAUUCAUCUCAGAUCAUGAACUUGUCAAACAGAUUUUAUCAAACAAGUUUGGUUUCUAUGUUAAACCAAAGACAAGACCCGAAGUCCUUAAACUUGCUGGUAAUGGACUUGUCUUUGCCGAUGGUCUUGAUUGGGUUCGUCAUAGACGGAUCUUAAAUCCUGCCUUCUCCAUGGACAAACUAAAGCUUAUGACCAAAUUAAUGGUGGAUUGUACUUUGAGGAUGUUCGAGGAGUGGAGAAAACAAAGGAAUGAAAAUGAAAAAAAGCAAGUGGUGAUGAUGAACGUAGAGUUUAAGAGAUUAACAGCUGAUAUUAUAGCGACUGCUGCGUUUGGAAGCAGUUAUGCUGAAGGAAUUGAAGUGUUUAAAUCACAAAGGGAGCUUCAAAAGUGUUGUGCUGCUUCUGUUACUAAUGUCUAUAUCCCUGGAACCGAGUACGUUCCUACGCCUUUGAAUCUUAAAAUAUGGAAGCUUGAUAAGAAAAUAAACAACUCCAUCAAACGAAUCAUAGAUGCGAGGAUAAAAUCAAAAUCCAAGAACAUAGAGAAAGGUUAUGGAAAUGAUCUUCUUGGAAUCAUGUUAGCAUCUGCAAGAUCGAACGAAUCUGAGAAAAAAUUGAGCAUUGAUGAGAUCAUAGAAGAAUGCAAAACGUUCUUCUUCGCAGGACACGAGACCACUGCGAAUCUAUUAACAUGGACUACAAUGCUGCUUAGCUUGCACCAAGACUGGCAGGAGAAGCUCAGAGAAGAGGUUUUAACUGAAUGCGGUAAAGAAAACAUACCAGAUUCAGACAACUGCUCCAAACUCAAGCUGAUGAACAUGGUGCUGAUGGAAACACUUCGUCUAUACGGACCAGUGUUGAACAUGAUCCGGUCAGCAUCAGAAGACAUGAAGCUAGGAAACAUAGAGAUCCCUAAAGGCACAACCAUAGUCCUCCCCAUUGUGAAGAUGCAUAGAGACAAAGCCGUUUGGGGAAAGGACGGUGAUAAAUUCAAUCCUAUGCGAUUCGAAAACGGCGUGUCUCGAGCUGCUAAUCACCCAAAUGCAUUUCUUGCGUUUUCAAUAGGACCUAGAGUUUGCAUUGGCCAAAACUUUGCCCUGAUUGAAGCUAAGACCGUUCUCACCAUGAUUCUUCAGCGUUACCAGCUUAAUCUCGCUGACGAGUAUAAGCACGCCCCAGCAGAUCACCUCACUCUUCAGCCACAGUACGGUUUACCAGUAGUUCUUCAACCUAUCAACUAGUUGAAGUAACAACAGCUGCAUCCACUCUUUAUAUAUGGACGACCUUUGUAUAUCAUUGGGCUUAUUUAUCAUGAAUCAUAUUGGACAAUCCCAUUAAUGAUCGGGCUACUAUUUGCUAUCUAAUGUAAACUCAAGUCCCAUUUUCAAAGUGACUGGUCAAAUGUAAAGUUUUAUAAAUCAUAAGCUUCUCUGCAUGUAACAACAACUGCAUCCACUUUUGUACAUUGAUCUUCAAAGCCUAAAGAUAUUGGGCUUAGUUAUGAAUCAUUUUGGGCCGG